AAACAUGGAAAUUAGGAGAGAGGUGAGGUUGAAAUGACGAAAAUGCCACUCAGAUAGAUGGUGUCUUCCCCACGGAAACGGGCACCCAAGGAGACAGGGAGAGACUCCAGAGCCAAAGCCAAAUUCUUCAACCUCCACCCUGCAACGUGUUCCUCACUCGCUUCUCUGUCUCCGAGUCAACUCGGUUCACGCGUCUCAGGUACAUUCUUCUUCUUCUUCUUCUUCGUCUCAUUACUCUCUCGAAUUGGGAUACAGUUGCACCCUAGAUCCGGAUCCAAUUUCCAUGUAUCACCCUUUCAGAUUUCUAGUAUUUCUAGGAUUUCUCUUCACUUUGAUUCUCCACUGCCAUGCGGAUCCGGGUUCAGGUUGCUCUAAAACUAGCCCUCUCCUUCAUUUCGAAUCCGAUAUCGAAAUGGUCCAGCACCAAUUACGAGGUCUCAUCAAAGUCCUCGAUGAUUGUUCUUUUAGGGUUUCUGAAUUCGAUAUGCUUCCUGGGUCCGACGUCCACUGGUGGGGCGCCGCCGGACUCGAUUUUGCUAAUCUCACUUCUGGGUUUGUCAUUUCCGAUGAUAAAUUGAACAAAACCUAUAAAAAUGAGAGCUUUGUGGUUCGUUUGAGGAGUAAUUUGACUUGGGAUCGAAUCGGCGUGCUGGCCGUUUGGGACAUUCCCACAGCUUCAGAUUUUGGGCAUGUCGUUAUGGGAGAUCCUAGGAAUGGAUCGGGGAAUAUUGCUGUAAGCCCGGAUUUAGCGCCAUCACCGGCGAUGGAGCCAAACUCGAGUACAGUUAGGAACAGGACUGGUGGUGUGCCCACGAUGUUUGAGAAUUGUAAGGUGCUGUCGCCAAACUAUAGGGUUAGGUGGACGUUGAGUGCUGAUGAGGAUUCAAUUGAUAUUGGCUUGGAGGCAGCAACUGGGUCAAUGAAUUACAUGGCGUUCGGAUGGGCAGACCCAAAGUCAACUUACUCACCUAUGCUGGGGGCUGAUGUGGCGGUGGCAGGGUUUACAGAGGACGGUUUGCCAUUUUCUGAUGAUUAUUACAUUACCAAAUAUAGUGAGUGUAUGAUAAACAAGAAUGGAUUGGUUCAGGGGGUUUGUCCAGACACAAUGUAUGAAGGGUCAGACCCUGAUGGGUUGGUGAACAAUACUAGAUUGGUUUAUGGGCAUAGGAAGGAUGGCGUGUCCUUCGUUCGGUAUCGGCGGCCAUUGAAGUCCGUUGACAAGAAGUAUGAUUUGCCAGUGAAUCAUACUGGUAAUAUGACAGUGAUUUGGGCUUUGGGGUUGAUACGCCCGCCCGAUACUCUUCGCCCAUACUAUCUGCCCCAAAAUCAUGGUGGUCCCAUGCUUGUGACAUAUGGGCAUUUGGUUCUUAAUGUUUCGGAUCAUGUGAAUGAUUGCUUGGGGCCAUUAGAUGCAGAAGACAAGGAGGAUCAGGAUUUGAUUAUUGCAGAUGCCAAUGUUCCUCUUGUUGUUGUGACAAGUCCUGCACUGCACUAUCCUAACCCGCCAAACCCGUCAAAGGUUCUAUACAUUAACAAGAAAGAGGCUCCAUUUUUGAGAGUAGAAAGAGGAGUACCUGUGAAGUUUUCGAUACAAGCUGGGCAUGAUGUUGCACUAUACAUUACUUCUGAUCCACUUGGUGGGAAUGCUACUUUGAGGAAUGUGUCUGAAACUGUUUAUGCAGGAGGAGCAAAUGCACAAGGAGUACUAGCUAGUCCAAUGGAGUUAGUUUGGGCACCUGAUAGGAAUACUCCGGAUCAAGUUUACUAUCAGUCUUUGUAUACCCAAAAAAUGGGUUGGAAAAUUCAGGUGGUCGAUGGGGGUCUAUCAGACAUGUAUAAUAACAGUGUUGUUUUGGAUGAUCAGCAGGUUACAUUAUUUUGGACCUUGUCUGAAGAUUCAAUAUCUAUUGCAGCUCGAGGUGAGAAGAAAAGUGGUUAUCUUGCUAUAGGAUUUGGUAGUGGAAUGGUGAAUUCAUAUGCUUACGUGGGUUGGAUUGAUAAUGACAUAGGGCGGGUAAACACUUACUGGAUUGAUGGGAAGGAUGCAUCCAGCGUGCAUCCGACUAAUGAGAAUUUGUCACAUGUAAGGUGCAAGUCAGAAAAUGGCAUGAUCACCUUUGAGUUUACCAGGCCCUUGAAGCCACCAUGUAGUCGGGCUGAAAGGCCGGAGUGUAACAACAUUGUUGACUCCACAACUCCUCUUAAAGUUGUUUGGGCCAUGGGAGCUAAAUGGUCAGGAGACCACUUAAGCGAGAGAAAUAUGCAUUCUGAUACAAGCAGUAGGCCUGUCCGUGUGCUGCUUAUGCGUGGUUCGGCAGAGGCAGAGCAGGACCUACGACCAGUAUUGGCUGUACAUGGCUUUAUGAUGUUUCUUGCAUGGGGUAUUUUGCUUCCAGGUGGAAUAUUGGCAGCUAGAUACUUAAAACAUGUGAAGGGUGACGGAUGGUUCCAGAUUCAUGUAUACUUGCAGUACUCAGGAUUGGCAAUUGUCCUACUUGGCUUUCUUUUUGCUGUUGCUGAGCUUCGUGGUUUCUAUUUCAGCUCAUUACAUGUUAAGUUUGGAAUUACAGCUAUCUUUUUGGCUUGUGUGCAGCCAGUGAAUGCAUCACUAAGGCCCAAAAGAUCUGCUAAUGGAGAAACGGUCUCCAGUAAAAGACUUGCAUGGGAGUAUCUCCACGUUAUUGUUGGUAGAUGUGCCAUCGUUGCAGGGAUUGCGGCACUUAUCAGUGGGAUGAAGCAUUUAGGAGAUAGAUAUGGUGGUGAAAAUGUUGAAGGACUUAAUUGGGCUUUAAUAAUUUGGUUCUUGCUUGGUGCGUUAACAGUCAUAUAUUUAGAGUAUCGUGAGAAAAAGCGAGAGAAGGAUAGGAACUCUGAAAGAAGCAGUUGGGUUCUGGGUAACAUGGAGGAAGAUGAUUCUACUGAUCUGUUGAGCCCGAGGAAUGCAGAAAAGGAGUCACAUCCAUCUGAAAUACUGGAAGUUCAGCUACAACCUCUGAGCAGAUAGGAAAGUUUAUUCAAUUAUUUUCUCAAUAUGAACUUGACAGUCUUCACCAGUUUUGAUGAUUUUCUUACUUAUAAAGGAGAUAGUGGGCCUGUUUAUUUGGUUGAAAGGAUUUUUCUGGUGUAGGGUUUGGGUCUUGAUCCCUAGUACUUUGCCCCAGCCAUUCAUAUUGAAGAGUAAUUACAAUAUGACUUGUAUUUUGUAUACUUGACACAUUUUGACAUAGUGUAAGUUUAAAUCACUUUCUCUACAUUUUUUCUGAAUGGAAGGAGAGUUUAUUUUCAAA